AAAAAAUUGACUUAAUUAUGUUUAUUAUUGAAUAAUACAGAAUACUAUAUAACAAUUUCUAGACAAAAUGAUCAAUACUUAAGUUUUGAGUAGGUUAAAUUAUAGAUAUUCAAUCAAUAUUUUAUAUUAUUCAAUAAUGAAUCGUUAUAAACAAUGUUUUGUUGAUAAAAUCGUUGAAGAUUGCAUACAAUUAUUUACUAGUAUAUCAAAAACGGGUAAACCACUUGAAAACGAAUGGACAGUUCUGAGUUGUAUAAUCCAAUAUGAUGCUGUGAGCGCUUUACAUAAAGUAGUGGCUUUAGGCACAGGAUCCAAAUGUAUUGGAGCUUCAAAAAUGUCUCAUUUGGGCAACAUACUAAAUGAUAGCCAUGCUGAAGUAAUAUCACGUCGUGGUUUUCUUUUGUAUUUAUAUAAAAAUAUUCAGUUGUGUUUGGAAAACAAAGAUUCUAUAUUUGAAAUAGUUGAAUCCCAGUGUAAAUUAAAAGAAAAUAUUGAAUUUAUGUUCUAUUCAUCUCAGUUGCCAUGUGGAGAUGCAUCCAUUAUUCGUAAGGAUGAUAUUGAAAACAUUGGAGAUAUAGUAUUAUGCUCAAAGAGGUAUGCUCAAGAUGAUGUAAGCAAUAUUCAAGUUAAGAAACCAAAAAGUGAUGUCUUUAGAACAGGGGCGAAGUGUUUGGAGAACUCAAAACAAGAUCCUAAAUUACCUGGCAUAGAAUAUCAUUUAUUGGGACAAGUAAGGACUAAACCAGGCCGGGGAGAUAGGACUCUGUCCUUAUCGUGUAGUGAUAAAAUAGCCCGAUGGAUACACUUAGGUAUUCAAGGAAGCCUAAUAUCACUGCUUAUACCUGAACCAAUUUACAUAAAACAUUUAAUAUUUGGUGGUGGUAUUCCAUAUUCAGAAGACAGUUUAAAGAGAGCCCUGUUUACAAGAGAUACAUAUAUGGAAGCAAAAUUAGGUUUAAGUCAUCAUAUUUAUCAAAGUACAAUUACAUUACCUUGGAUCAAAACUGAUAAAAGAAUUAAACCAGCUCCUAGUAGUAUUAUUUGGGUGAAUAUCAAUAAUGGAUUAUCUGAGGUUGUUGUUCAAGGAAAAAAGCUAGGUGUUACAAAAAAGAAAGAGACUUGUCCAAAUAACUAUUUAUGUAUAUCAAAAUAUAAUCUAUAUAAAGCCUUCAUAGAAAUAUUGGAUAGCAAUAAUAAGUGGUACAAAAUAUGUGAAAAUGAGGAUAUAAAAAACAUAGCUUACAAUGAUAUGAAGAGAAGGUCAACAAAAUAUAUUACUAAAUGGUUAGAAAUUAAGCAAACUUUUUUUAAAAGAUGGACUACAAAACCAGACAUUUUUAAUUUUAAAAUAAAAUAAAUUAUUGAAAUAAUUAUAUUUUCUUUGAUAAAUAUAGAUAUAUCCUGAUUUAUAGUAUUUCCUUCUACUCUUGUAGUUUCAAUGUAUGCAGUCCCUACUUAUGUUUAUGUUUUAAACAUCCAUUAAAUUGAUUGAUGUAUAAGCUGAAUAUCACAUUUUUAUUCACUGUAGUCAACAAAAGCUAUCAAAGUUUCUUUGCAUAGGAAAACAAAAGAACUUAUCAUAUUAAUAUUAAAUAAGUACAAAGCAGUCAUAAGUCAUCAAAAAUCCUGGAAAGAGGCCACCAGCGAACAAUAGCUCCUUUAUAAAAGGAUUGUGUAGGUAGGUAUUAAGGUUUUAUUAAAACAAAUUGCCGCGUAGACGAAACACCGCGCGUCCCGUGUACCCCGCCUACACUAGGUUUAUUAUCCUAAUAUUGAUAUUUAUUUUAUUAUAAUGCUUUUACCUAAGCCAUUGUACUUACAUAACAUGUAGUACCGUUGUGUUUAUAAUGUAAUGUUGUAAAUUUUUUUCAUAGUAUAUAUAGCAUAUGGAAGUUGUUCAAACUAUGCGUAAAAAGGGACGUAUGCUUAGACAUUUGAGUAAACUUGCUGGUAUGACAAAAUUUUGUAUUAAAGCAGAUUUGUUAGCUCUCUUAUAAUGACGCCAAAUAUAAUGAUAAUAAAUGAAACCUAGAAAGUUGAUCGAUAGAAAUAUCUACAUCGUGUCCAGUUCAGCAGCAUUCGAUAAUUAUUUCUAUCUGUAUAAGAGCAAUCGCAUUUAGCAAAGCAAAUAGUGAAAUUGAAGUGAGGUUCAAUACCUUUUUUUAUAGAACAGGGCAAACGGGGAGAAGGCUAACCAGUUACGUGUCUUUUCUUGAAUAUUUUUUUUAAAUAUUACAAAUGUUUUAGUUCUCAAGAUCACAACUAAAGCGAACCCUGUUAGUUGUAUUAACUAGGUCUAAUUUUUGUAUUUUUGCUGGAAACAAUUCUAAAUCUAUCUAAACUUUGGAACUCUUAGAAGUCUUUAAAAUACUACAUCUUACGUGCCGAAGAUAAGACGUUGGGUCGUACUUAGCAUACAUUUUAUUGAGUUCAAUUUAUUCCGUCAUGUUUUUUACAACUAAUUUAAUUACCAGGACUAAGAGGGAGCAUAUGCUAAGUUAAGAUAAAAAAAAUCUAAUCGUUCUAGACACUGCUGAAAAUCGGUUGCAGGCAAUUAUUCAAAUAGUUACAAGACAACUUUUAGGAUGAUUUUAAUAAAUGGAUUUGCAAUUUCGACAAGUAUCAAACUGAUUCGUCCGGCCCAAACUGUGUUCAAGUUCACCCACUUUCUACCGGAAGGCAAUUAAAAAUAAUUUGCAUUUCUCCUUGUGUAUAGAUAUAUACCUAAAUGUUGCUAUCUGUUUUAAAAUAAGAUCUUUUAAAACUCUAUUUUUAAUUUUCGAUAUCAGGACGUAACGAUU